GAAGAGCACAGAUAAAUGCGUCUUAACUCACUAAAUCAAGAUGUGGCUUUAAAAUAAAAGCUUAUUUAAAGUCUGUAAAUUGAGAAUCAUUCAGGUCAGAUUAUAAUUCAGUGAAUUGGAAGUUGGAUUUAGGAUAAAUCACACAAACGUCUCCUGGAAAGUGUCAAAGUUUCCAACAACAACUUCUCUUGAAUCUUCUAAUGAAACUCUGGAGGUGAUGCGAAUCUCCUCCCUUUAACCCCAAAAUGCUCGCUGAGCUGUGAAUUUCAUCCCCCGUCCGGCAAAGACGGAUGAUUUCAGGCGGAUUCGUGACUGUUGGUGUUGAACCGCUCUGUGGCGUUUUUACUCGGUGUGUUUGACCGUCGCGGGACUUCGUCCCAGCUGACGCUGCAUCUCUCGUCUUGUUCUCCGUGCCUUCUUAUCUCCGAAUAAAAUGAAAAGCAAGAAAAGAAAAGCGAUUGAAGCUGCUUCCUCUUUCAGCGUCCGUUUAGGAAACACCUGCACCACACGCCCAGAGGCGGCGUGGGACGAGCCGUCCGCCGUCGGCAACGCUCCGUCGGGUGGAUGAGGAGAGGAGGGAUGAACACAGGGAUGAACCGUGGGGCAGCAGUGGUGGAGCGUGGAGGUGGCGGAGAGGAGGGAAGGUGAUGGAGGGGCGUUGACGGAGCGAGGUCAGGCGAGCGUGGCGGCGCGAGCCAGUGGCUUCCUCACAUGACUGCAGCCAGUAUGUAAAGCAGCCGAGGUGCGUCUGUGCAGGCGGCGUGGCGUUGGUCUCAGAAGACUCCGAGGAACGCUGCAGUGAAUCAUCUGGAUCCAUGGGCCUGAAACAUUCCCAGCCCAGGUUGUUCCCGGGAGACAUCGUGGAAUAUCCCAGGAACAAGUACUUCUCUCAUUUCGGGGUUUACUACGGCGAGAGGGACGGCGUUCCUUAUGUGGCUCACCUGACAUGUCGAGAUUCAGACACCAAGCUGCCACUGUUUGGCCGGGCCCUGAGGUCAGAGGUCAAGCUGGAGCCAUUGGAGCUGCUGGGGACCAAAUACAAGGCCAACAACAUGCUGGACGACUCGCACCCGCCGCGGGACUUCCACAGCGUGGUGAAGCCGGCCAUCGACGACAUGAUUGGGCGGGAGGUGACCUUUGACAUCCUGUUUCACAACAGCGAGCACCAGGCCACGCUCUUACGAUACGGCGUGAAGAAGUCGGAGCAGGUGAGGCGAGGCGAAGCCGCUCGGCCGCUGCGUUUCCUCACAGGGGUUUUCGUCUCAGCAGCCUCCCGUCCUCCGUUUCAGAUCGAGAGAGUCUACGAACACAUCAUGCCGGCCUGGAAGAAGCUCUUCGAGCAGAAGAAACUAUGAGGCUCCACCAGCAGAGGGCGCCAUCACUCUUCACUUUGAUUUUUUUUUCUUGUCAGUUCUGCAUCCUUGCUUCAUCCUCCAUCAUCGUUCUGUCUCUUUAUUGUGUGUAAGAUCAGUCUGAAGAAAAACACUGGCAACAUUUUGCAUGUGAAGUUUAAUUUUUGUGCAGUGUUACAGAAAACGUGAUCGUUCUCUCAUAAGGUGAGGCAGAUUCAGUCGAGAUUCUUCAGUUAUUAAUACGACCGGAGUAGACUUUGAUCUAUUUUUUCAGUUACAUCUCUAACUGCUUUAUGUCUUUUAUUACACUGUCACUGAAUUCUCAUCAAUAA